UUAUUUUUCUCAACAAAAGAAAAAGGGAAAAGGAGAAAGAAAAAGAAAAAUCUGUCUUGACUCUUGAAUAGGAGAAAUUUGUUGUAGGCCAAUUCCCAAAGCUACAAUCGGGCCCCGAUCAAUCGAAGAAAACCCACCCACCCACCGGAUCAAACUGCAGUUACUGGUUCAGUGCUUCUCAGGCUCAUCGCCCCGCCGCAUAGAAACUCGAAAAACCCUGGCUUCAGGGCUUAUCAGAAAGAUCCUCCCUCUAAAUUUUCCGGUCUCAUCUCUUUCAGCAAGUCAAAUGGUCAAGGAAGCGCAAUCUUUGCGCCCAUGGUUCCUGGAUUUGGUACCCUUGUUGGUGGUUCUCUUGAUAGCUGCUCAUGUCUUCGCUUUGGUUUACUGGAUUUUCAGACUAGCUACCGACAAACAGCCCCAAAGAAGAAAGGCGCACUAAGCUAUACAUUACAUUGGAAAAUUGGAGAGUACUAGGAGGUUCUUAAUGCUGGAUUCGAUUCUAUGUAGAGACAGAUUUAUAAAAGAUUAUAAGAAGUUUUGUGAACCCAUCAUGUAACUCAUGCUUUAUUGAACAUCAGAUUUGUUGCGUGGUCCAUGUUUGUACAUUGUUGUUCUAGAGGUUCUGGACUUUUGCCUUUCUGCUGACCAGUUGAAUUGGAUUAUCUUUGUUACUAUGUAAGAUAUCGGUGACUAUGUGGUCACUGUUGUUCAUGUUCUUUCCGUUAGCCAGGGGACAUGAUUGUUGAAUUUCUGACCUUUCUUAUUUGGGAAAAGUAUUUUCAACAACAUGAUUACAUAAAUCAUAUUGGGGGUUUUCUGUUCCGAUUGCACUUUA